AUAAUAAAAGGGGUGUGGAUCCCAAACUCAAUAAAUAAUACAGAAAAAAAGAAAGAAAGUAGAGGAAGCCAUUGUUAGAGAUGGAGGUUUGUAAAAUACUUCAUAUGAAUUCAGGAGUUGGAGACGAAAGCUAUGCCAAAAACUCCUUACUUCAGCAAAAGGCAACAUCCAUAGCAUGGCCAGUUAUAAAGAAAGCCAUUGAAGACUUGUGCAGUGAAAACAAUAAUUCAAUUACCAGUUUAAGCAUUGCAGAUUUGGGAUGUUCUUCAGGACCAAACACUCUUACAAUCAUCUCCAAUUUAAUUAAACACAUUGAGCUUCACAAUAACAAACCAUUCCAAUAUCAAAUCUUCUUCAACGAUCUACCUUCCAACGAUUUCAAUUCCAUUUUUAUAUCCUUACAAAAUUUCCUUGAAGAUUUGAAAAUCCAAAUUGGAGCUGAUUUUGGAACUUGUUUCUUCAAUGGAGUCCCUGGUUCUUUUUAUGGUAGACUUUUUCCCGACAAAAGUUUACAUUUUGUUCAUUCUUGUUAUAGCCUUCAAUGGUUGUCUCAGGUUCCAAAAGAAAUGGAGAUGAUAAACAAAGGGAACAUAUUCAUAGACAGUACAAGUCCAAAGAAUGUGAUAGACGGGUAUUUCAAGCAAUUUCAAAAGGAUUUCUCGUUGUUUUUGAAGUGUCGUGGAGAAGAAGUAGUACGUGGUGGACGAAUGGUUGUUACCUUAGUAGGAAGAACAGAUGAAUAUCCAUCAAAUCAAGAUUAUUGUUACGCUUUUACACUUCUAAAUUUAGCUCUCAAUAACAUGGUUGCUGAGGGGAUUGUGGAAGAGGAGAAAGUUGAUAGAUUCAAUAUCCCAACUUUCAUGCCAAGUCCAAAGGAAAUAAAAGAAGAGGUUUUAAAAGAAGGAAGUUUCAUCAUCAAUGAACUUAAAGUUUCAAAAAUUGAUUGGAAUUUCUACAGUACUGAAUUGGAAGGAACAAAGCAUGUGUUUGUGGAUAGCAGUUACAAUGUUGCAAAAUGCAUUAGAUCUGUGAUUGAAUCACUUAUGAGUCCUCACUUUGGAGAAGCCAUUGUUGAAGAAUUAUUUUAUAGGUAUAGUAAAAUAGUGAAGGAUGAGAUGUCAAACAAAAGGAGUGAGUUCACAAACCUCACUAUUUCCCUUACUAGAAUCUAAAAUAAGGGGAAGGAAAA